AUGGAUUUGGCCUUCAAGGUUGAGCCUACGGCCAAGGAGACUCUGCCACCUAAGAACGAGAAAUCUAUCGAGACAAAAUAUGCCGAUGAAACUCUCCGCAUUCUUGAGCUUCAUGGAGACUCUGUUGGUCCAUUGACGACUGAGAAGGAGAAAAAGCUCAGACACAAAUUGUACUGGCGUAUUUUUGGGCUCCUCUCCGCCAUAAACCUACUGCUCUUUAUUGACAAAUCCACUCUGGGAUAUGCCGCUAUUCUCGGCCUGUUCGAAGAGACCGGCAUCACUAAGGCCCAAUACAACAAUCUAGGAACUUUCUUCUACGUCGGUUACAUUAUUGCACAAUGGCCGGGACAUUAUGCUAUGCAAAAACUACCUUUUGGAAAAUUUGUCGCCGCUCUUGUCUUCAUGUGGGGUGUCAUCCUACUUCUUCACUGCGUUGCCACCACAUAUGGCGCGCUUGUGGUUCUACGGCUGGCGCUCGGUGCUGCUGAAUCUGUCGUUGUACCCGCGAUGGAAGUCACAAUCGGGAUGUUCUUUAAUCGUUACGAACAGUCGUUCCUCCAGCCCUGGCUUUGGUUGACGUCGGCAGCCGCUCCUAUAUGUGCCGCAUUUAUCUCCUACGGCUUGCUUUGGAGCCAUAGUGCCAUUCUACCCUGGAAACUGUUUAUGAUUAUUACUGGAUCUGUCUCGGUACUUCUUUCUGUUCUUGUUUGGUUCCAGUAUCCGAGCAACCCAGCCGAGGCUAAGUUCCUAUCACUGGAGGAGAAAAUUCACACCAUCAGACGAGUACACGAAUCAAGUCAAAGCUCCAUUGAACAGAAGCAGUUUAAGAAGAGCCAGUUUAUAGAGACGCUGCGCGACCCCGUUUCAUGGCUAUUUACUUUGCAGUCCUUCACCCUCAUGAUGUCUAAUAACCUCACCUACGGACAACAAAACCUUAUCACUAAGGCCCUUGGAGUGGACAGUCUGGGCUCAACUCUUGUGGCUGCAGCAGGCGGCGGUUUUGGUGUCCUAGUUUGUAUUACAGGAGCCUAUGCCCUACGGUGGUGGCCUUCAAAUCUUGCACUCCACGGACUCUUCUGGUGUGUCCCCGCGAUUGCAGGUGGAAUUGGCAUGGUUGCUAUCGAUUGGGACCAGAAGCUAGGAAUGCUUGCUUGUCUACUGCUAGCUGGUCACACAUAUGGUAAUACCUACAUUAUCGCAUUAGGCUGGACUACAUCGUCUGCGGCCGGCUACACGAAGAAAUUGACCCGAAAUGUAAUGUUCAUGGUUGGUUAUUCCAUUGCAAACAUUUGCUCGCCACAGAUCUGGGUUCCUAAGGAUGCACCUCGCUACUACGGUGCCUGGAUCUCCAUGAUAGUGGUCAGCUGGGCUGGGACACCAUUCAUCCUUUUCAUUAUAAGGUUCUUAUUGAAACGCAGGAACGAUCAACGGAAGAGUUGGGCUGCAUCCUUAACCAGCGAAGAGAGAAGGGCUCACGAAUUUGGAGUAGUUGAGGAGCUUGAUGAAAAUGGGAAUGUGAUACGCAGAAAAGUUGAAAUUGCCAUGCUGGAUAUGACUGAUAUGGAGAACCCGUUCUUCAUCUAUCCUAUCUGA